AUGAGACGCUUGGCUCUUGGAACAGCUGCAGCGAUGGUGUCGGCCGCGCUCUUCGCCAUGCCUUGGAGCUUUCUGACACCCCCCAGUCAGAGAUUGGCUGCAAGACCGUGCAGAGCACCCAUCCAUAGUCACGUUGAUACCUAUGACGCAUCGCGCACGGUCACAACGGUAUUUGCGAGUUUAGCCGUGGGCCUGCUCCUUGGGGCUGGUAGUGCGUGGGCUACAGUGCCCAAGCUCAAAGACUUGCAAACAGACGCAGCGGCACCGCGAAUGGACUGUGACACCCGUGUGCGUCAGCAAGCUGAAGAGCCAAGCGCCUUACAGGAGUUUGUCCAGGCCAGUGCGCAGCGCAGGAGCGAGAAACGCUUGAAGCUCAUCCAGAAGCAACUUAAAGAACAUGGUAGGGUAGCCAUCGACAGGAUAUGCUUUGAGGGAGAGCAAGACAGGAGCAUGAGGAACAUGUAG